GCAGACUGGCUGGCAGCAUGCUGGAGCAGAGGAGCAAGAGAGGAGAUGGACGCACCGGAUGUUUUGUAAUGAGUAGCUCUAUGACGUGUUAGCGUAGUUUUAUUAAAUAUGUAUCCAGUCAGAUUCUGGCUCAUAUUAUAGGAUUUGGUGUAAAUUUAAGCAUCGUAGCCUUUGAGAAGCGACAAGUAACUGAAUGAGGAAACCACUCUGUUUUGCGCGUCCUCGCUUCCUGCUUCGCUCCUAGUUGCAAUUCCGCGGCGCGGAAAAGAAAAGAAAGCAACAAACCGGCAUCAUGGUAGCCGGCGAGCUCGUGCAGGAGCAUCUGCGCGCGGACACCGGCGCACCUGACGACAUCACGGUCGGCAGGAAGACUCCCGAGCUGGAGGGAGCCGCCGAGCGAUGCGCAGAGCCGACAUACGAAGCGGCGCCGACGGGCGGGGCUGGAGAGACAGACCGUGUGCUGGAGCAGGAGAAGGAGGUGCAGCCGGAUGAGAGAGAGGCAAUGCUGCCCAACGGAGGAGGAGGUGAGAAGGAGGAGAAGGAGGGGAAGACGCUCGAGACAAAACUGUACUGGCGCCGGUUCGCUGUGCUGACAGUUUUCAGCCUGUACUCUCUUGUGAACGCCUUCCAGUGGAUCCAGUACAGCAUCAUCACCAACGUGUUCACCAGGUACUACGGGGUCACUACAGACAAGGUGGACUGGCUCUCCAUCGUCUACAUGGUCGCCUACGUGCCGCUCAUCUUCCCGGCCACCUGGCUGCUGGACCGGAAGGGUUUGCGGCUCACGGCCCUGCUGGGCGCCGGCCUCAACUGCGCCGGCGCCUGGCUCAAGUGCGCCAGCGUGAGCCCCGAGCUGUUCGGAGUCACCGUCACCGCGCAGGUCAUCUGCUCCGUGGCGCAGGUGUUCAUCCUCGGCCUGCCUUCCCGCGUUGCCUCGGUGUGGUUUGGACCCAGGGAGGUUUCCACCGCGUGCGCCACGGCGGUGCUGGGGAACCAGUUGGGAACAGCCAUAGGUUUCCUGUUGCCUCCGGUUUUGGUUCCCAACACGCCUGACAAUGUUGAACUGACAGGCCACAACAUCAGCAUCAUGUUCUAUGGCACUGCCACUGUCUCCACGGUCCUCUUCCUCCUUACGGUUAUCGUCAUAAAGGACCGACCUCCUCUCCCUCCCAGUCACGCCCAGGCCAUCCAACCAGACUCUCCUCCAGAGGAUUACUCCUACAAACAGUCCAUCUUGAACCUGAUAAAAAAUAAAGCGUUCAUGCUCCUGCUCGUCAGUUACGGUAUAAUGACUGGUUCCUUCUACUCUGUCUCAACACUUCUCAAUCAGAUGAUCACAACCUGCUAUGAGCACCAGGAGUUGAAUGCUGGGAGAAUUGGUUUGACUCUUGUGGUUGCUGGAAUGGUGGGCUCCAUCCUCUGUGGUCUGUGGCUGGACCACACAAAAACAUACAAGAUAACAACUCUGAUCGUGUACAUAUUGUCGUUUCUGGGCAUGGUGGUCUUCACCUUCACUCUGAACCUCAACAACAUCCAGCUGGUCUUCUUCACUGCUGGAGCACUAGGGUUCUUCAUGACAGGUUACUUGCCUCUGGGCUUUGAGUUUGGGGUGGAGAUCACCUAUCCAGAGUCUGAGGGAACGUCAUCAGGGCUCCUUAAUGCUUUUGCUCAGAUAUUUGGGAUCAUUUUCACUCUGAUUCAGGGAAAACUUACCACAGACUACAAUCCACUGGCUGGAAACCUCUUCCUCUGCGCCUGGAUCUUCCUGGGAAUACUGCUCACUGCCUUAAUUAAGUCAGAACUGAAAAGACACAAUGUCAACAUGGGAGCAGACAGCAACCACUUGCAAGCACUUUCCACUGAGUGCCCUGAAGACCUCCCUUCAGAAAAGACAACAAACGGGUUCAAGCUUGAACCCUCCUUCAGCUUCUCCCGUGAAACAUCUCUGUGACUCUGCCAUGUCACUGGAUCACAGGAAAACUAAGACUGUCUCCCUGCUGCCCUGGGAUACAUGCUGGCACCACACUCUGAGUGAACUGCCUAAAGGUGCAUUCGAUUAUUUAUUGCCAAGCUUCUAGAUAAUUGGAAUGAUGGAGGCUCUGGAUGUGAUUCCAAGUCUAGUCAGGAACAGUUACAAUCUACGGUGGAUUCAAGACAGGCUGGUGAGCAACAAGUCACAGCGGAGCAGCGGUGCCCCCUAAGCUGUUAAAGCUCCCCUGCAGUCGGAUCCAGGGCCCCCAUGCUCUCAAACACUUGCAUUGAAGAUUACCUCCAAUUAACAGAACUUUGGGUUGCAACAUGGAGAAGUAGUUAUGGAUAGGUAAAAGAAGAAUGCAAGCGCUGUGAUGCAGAAAAAAAGCUCCACUGCACUUUAUUACAACUGCCCUGAUUGUGGGCGAAGCUUGGUGUUCCUAGUUUGGUUACUAUAUGUAAAUCGAGUUUAGUGUAAAAGAGGCUGGUAACACAAACUCAAAUUACUAGAUUGCGUUAAAAACUGCUGUAGUUAAAACAGAAUACUUGAUCACUCAUGUUAGCUAGUUUUUGGGGUCUCCGGGGCCGUAUUCACAAAGCUUCCUACAACAGAGAGUCACUUCUAGUGAUGAAAUUCUAAAAAAUUCUUAAUAUAAUUACGUUAUAUAGUUAAGACUAGAUCCUGGUAAAGAUAAAGGUUAUUCAUAAAGCAUCUUAAAGCAGAAAGACAAAUAGAUCUGAGAAAUUUUCUCUGAAAGCUGGAUUACAGUGAGUUAAUAGCAUGCUCUAGAUUAGUUGGUGGAGGAGUAAUGUUUGUGGUCAAUCUCACCAAACACAAUAACAAGAUAAUGCCAGAAACAAAGCGAUCACAACACUAAGAUAUUAGGCUACUGGAAAAAUGCAGCAGUGCAGCAGAGCGAUCACACAAACAGCUCUUCCACAGUCUCACACUGUGACACAGUUCAUUUUAUUUCCACUGGAUGUCCACACCUUGCAGGCUCACAAAAGGGCCUGUCUGUGACAACCAAUCACAUUUGUUAAACGAUUGCAUCAUACCUAGCAAACCUCCUCUCUAAGAUUAAAGUUUUUGCCCUUUCCUUGUUCAGAGUUCACUCCUAAGCUACAACUCCUUACUAGAAAGUUUAAGGCCAAGUUAGGAGCCUUUUGAAAGGAUUCUCAGAAUAUUUGUUUAUACGGUCCCUGGUGUCUGUUAGAAAGAACUAGAGAGCCAUUCUGAUUGGUUUCGUACUGCGGCAACUGCACAGGGCCAACAUCUCCUGAGUUUACUUGAAUUGUCCUGUAAAACACACUGUAAAUGUUGUUAUUAUUGCGUCAUUGGAUUAUUUCGUUACAAACAACAGUUUAUGUUAGCUAUAAAAGUGGCACAGAUAUGGAUCCAAUUUGAAGCUGCUUUCAAAUAAGGAUAGUCGUCAUGAAUCUUAUUUAUUUUAGAGCAAUGUUGCAUGAAUUUUAAACAGACCAAGAAGCAGCUGCAAAUAGUUUUGUGUGGUUUAUUUUUGUCUGCAUAAUAAUGGGCUGACUUACUGGUAUACCAGCUCACUUUGCAUCUGAGGAAGUCGGAAAUCCCCGCAGGUUUUUAUUUGCAAAAAGAGGCUCAGUAAACCAAGUCAUUCCAGUCAUGACAAAUAACUGAUGUAAAAGACUAAAACAUUUAGCAGAACUGUAUUUGGCUUUCAGAUUAAAGGGGUGCAUCCCUGGGCCUUUUCCCCUGUGUUCUUCCUUCAAGUCACCACCACAAAGAGACAAGGGCUGUAGAGAAAAUGAAGUAAAGUAGAGGCCGCUCAGAACAGUGGAUUUGCUAUGAAGGAGCCCUGACAUAACUGACACCAAUUAAAACACUCUGCUUAUGAAGAAGAUUAGAGAAGUAACUAUCUGCUGUAGUAAAAUAGAUGAUGUAUUGUGUAUAGAAUAUGUGGCUAGCUUUUGCGAUGGCCUUCCUGACAACACAACAGUGCUGCAGUGUUUUCCGACACAAACAACAAAGGACCAAACAGAAUGUGAACAUGUUCUGAGUUCAGUGCACAAUAAGAAACACACGCACAACUUCAAGUUUUAUACUCAAAGGUAUGAUGUCAGAUGUGUUUUUAAUGUCAAAUAUUACAGUGUGCAUCACAGCUGACAGGACAGCACCAUCUUGUGGGGUUUCUACAGUAGUAAGAGAGAGGACAGGAGAAGCACAACAGAGUUCACUUCUAUUUUUAACAGAAAACAAUGCUAAUUUAUUUUAGAUCCGUUUGUUUUAUGUCUGUUGUAAAAAAAAAAUCUAUUUUUUGUAGCUUUUCAUUUAUAACACAAAGCAUACUUUUUUUUUUUUUUUAACUUAAGUGUGAAUUAAUAUUGCCAACAUUUACCUUUUCAAAAUAGAUGCAAAAUGUGUAUUUUCACUUUACUUCCACUUGGUUGUGUCCGAGGUCUUAAACCCUGUCUACACUGUUCAUUGACGGUCAUCUGAAAAGCAUCUAAGAUCUGGCAUUUAAAAUCUAAAUUUUAAGCAAUUCCACCGCCUUUCAAGUGGGACAUUAUCAUCUUUACCCACAACAAGCUUCAUGCCAGCUAACUUUUUUUUAUGUGCUGAAAACUAUAAAACAACAUUAACCUAUAGCAGCUGCACGUAAAUAUUUAUUUGGUUCUCUUUUCAAAUCUUUGAAACUAUUUCAUUGGUGAAACUUUUGUUAUGUUGAUGCAUUCUUGUAUUUUCUGGUUCUUAGCAAAUUAAGAGCUAACAGUUUGUUAUCUUCCUUUCUUUAUCUUUCUUUAAUUUUUUUAUAACAACUUUUUUUAAGCACUUAAGUCUUGAGAUGUUGUUGUAUAAUUUAUUUGUGUUUUGAAGUUAGGCUUCUUAUCAAUAUCUGAAUAAAUUAUUAAAGGGUUAAUAACAUUUAGUUCUCUGGUCUGAAAAGUUCAACCUCUGUGAUACAGCCGGUAAGACAUUAUAUGACAUGUUUAUUUUUUAAUUUUUUUAUUGCAUUUAAAAUAAUGUCUCUUCAGUCUCAUAUUUGGUCAACCAUGUUUAAUGUUGUGUCCAUCAUGUUUUCAACAUUUCUCUAUAUGACCAAAAUUAAUUUUACAAGUGAAAUCAGGAGAGGAUAUGUUUUGUGAUAUUGUAAAUGCUGCUGAGACAAUUCAUGAAUUAAACUUACUGAAUUGCAUUGGCAGUUUUACAUUGCCACAUAAAUCAGUUUCUGAAUUGCAUAAUUUUUUUAUGGUUGUGGAUGACAGCUUGUAAUCCAUAGUGUGACUGUGAGUUAUCUGACACAUGUCACCUGAUGGCAGAUGUCAUACUAAUAUCUACAAAAACAAAGAAUGCCUCAUUUGUGAAUUUCCCAGACAGCUAAAGUGGCACUGAAAGGAAAAGGCUGGAGUUAGUACAUGUUUUUCUCAUUGUCAACAAAUCCCACGAAGAGAAAAACAGCAAUGUGUUAGUCUGUCUCUUAAAACUUUAUGACCUGGUUUGUGGCACCCAGCCACAAACCCAUUGGUUACUACAGAGAUACAAGACAAAAAUUAAAAGAACAUGUCAUAAAUAUAUACUUAUGAAAAAUCUAAAACAGCUUUUCACUGUAAAUUUUAGCAAGCAAACAGGAGGAAAUAGCGUAUUUGUUGGGGACUAUUUUUAGCAGCGGAUUAAUUCACACUUGGUGCUCUGAGUAUUCUGAGGCAGCAGGACGGUGUAUGUGGGAUUGAGUCAAAAUAGACUACACAGUGUGUGUGUCCAUGGUAACUUGGGAAUAUGUCACCGGGUGCUACAUUGUGACUGCCCCCGAUGUGCUUUUAAUAGUUUAUGAACAACAAUACAGCUCUGUAGCACAGGAGAAGAUGUAUUUCAGGCUCCAAUAAACACACAAAUACCUGUUAGUUGAUGUUAAACACAGUAUGUUUGGUUAUUAAGAUGGCAUUUGUUGACGAAAAAAAGGAAACUAUCAUCAGCCUUAUUCUUUAAUCCUGGAUUGUAAUGAUCCAAAACCACAGUGGAGAUAUAACUGUGCAGGUUGUUGCACCAAAUGUAUUCUGUUGUUUAUGAAUGUAAAUGUUCCAUUUCAUUUAUCUGUGAACCUUGGAUUUAAGUUUUUUUUUUUUGCGGAAAUUCAUGACAAGUCUUGUCUGCAGUCAUAAAUACUGGAAUCACAUUAUAUGCAGAUGACAUUACGUUGUACAUGUCUGUUAGAAUCAAAAGGCACUGAGUCAAAUCACAACGAUAAAAAGCAUUCUACUCAA